CAGCUCGACCGGGCCGUCGGCGCGUUUGAGCAGAUCUUUGCGGAGGGCUUGCACCCGACCGGAUACGCCUACUCGACGCUGCUCAACGCGCACGUGCUCGCCGGCGAUCUCGCCGGCGGCGCGCGCGUGUUCGAGGCGAUGAUGGCGUCGAAGUGCCGGCCGAAUUUGGUCGUGUACACCACCAUGCUCAAGGGCUUCUGCGCCGCGGGUGACAUGACCGCCGCCGUCCACUUAAUUAAUUCAGUGGUCUCAUUCGUCAGCUGA